CACAAGAAGGAUGCAGUCCGUAUUUUGGAGGAAGGGCCGUGGUCUUAUGACAAUGCUUCCCUCUUGUGCACCAUUCCAACGCCGGGUGAGAACAUUACCGUGCAAGGUCUCAACAAGAUGGAAAUCUGGGUGCAAGUACAUGGUCUCCCUUUUGGCUACACCAGCAGAAACAUUCUUGAGGCAGUGGGGAAUUUUGUUGGUCUUUUUAUUAAGUUUGAUGAGCGCAACUUUGAGGUUGUGCAUCAGUCCUUCAUGCGGAUAAGAGUGGCUAUUGACGUACGACGACCCCUCCGGCGACGAAUGAAGUUGACGAAGAGGGAUGGCACGAUCUCGUGGGUCUCUUUCAAGUAUGAGAGGUUGGGAACUUUUUGCUAUUUUUGUGGUAUCCUUGGCCAUGUGGGGAAGCAUUGUGCGGUAGCCAUCCAGUCCGAUUUACCUCCGGAUCAAUGGCCGUACAACGAUGAGAUUAGGGCAGCAAACAGAAAGAGAGUGACGGAGGUUGGUGCUCGCUGGCUGCGGCAAGGGAGCAGUGGCAGUGGUCAUGUCCCUGAGUCGACAAUGAUGUGUUUAAGAGGGACCCAGAGCGAGGACACAGAGACAGGCAUGUUCGCGAAGAGAAAGAGAGGGGUAAACGAUGAGAUGCUGGUUGAGAUCAAUUCUGCUGCAAUUGAUGGCAACAUUAUCCAUGAAACGGCGGGGCGAAGUGGCGGCAUUGUGUUGAUGUGGAACAAGGAAUGUCAGGCUAGUCUUAUAUCUUAUUCUUUCAACCAUGUUGAUGUCUCAAUCAGGUUUGGCUGCGAGGUGGAGUGGAGGUUUACAGGCUUCUACGGACAUCCCAAAUGGAGCCAGCGCUCUGAUUCCUGGACUCUUUUACGCUCUCUCAAGGACCGGUCUCCGUUACCUUGGGUUGUGGUCGGCGAUUUUAACGACAUCUGUGCUUCACAUGAGAAGAAAGGGGGCAAUCCCCGACCCCCUAGUUUCAUUGAUGGGUUCAACGACGCCUUAAGCUUCUGCGGUCUUGUGGAUAUGGGAAUGCAGGGGCACCCCUUUACAUGGGAAUGGAAGAAGUAUUCGCCAGAGUGGGUGGAGGAACGGCUUGACAGGGCUGUCGCAUCAAAUGACUGGUUGGAUAUUUUUCCCAACUGUGUGGUCCACAACAUCGCCACACUUAGGUCAGAUCACUCAGCUAUCCUCUUAUGCCUAAGUGGUCAAACUCAGUCUCGGGGGCCACGCUGCUUCAAGUUCGAAAAUUGUUGGCUUAAGGAGGAUGGUUUCCGGACGGUUUUCACAAGUGCUUGGGACAGACAUGGGAGCAUGCCGUUCCUCAAACGCCUCAAUUAUUGUGGGAAGGAGCUUCAAAGCUGGGGCAGGGACCACUUUAACCGGAAAACUUUGGAGAUUGAGGACUCUUAUUGGAGGCAGCGGGCAAAACAGUUCUGGAUUAAGGAAGGUGACAGGAAUACUAAGUACUUUCAUAACUUUGCUUCUCAUCGGAAGAGGAAAAAUAGACUUGUGAGGUUGCGAGACGAGAGGGGUGCUUGGCAGGAGGGCGCCCACCUUAACACUCUCGUGUUCGACUUCUACACGAAACUGUUUUCGGACACGGCGGAGGGGAUGAUUGGGGAAGACAUUCUGAGGGAGGUGGAUUGUCACCAUGUUAAGGUCACGGAAGGUCAGAAUCGGGAGCUGCUUCGGCCCUUCUGUGCGGAGGAAAUCAAGAGUGCACUUUUUGCAAUGCACCCCGACAAAGCACCUGGACCAGACGGAUUGAAUCCCGCGUUCUUUCAAUGUUGUUGGAAUGAGGAUUUUGGGAAAUAUCUGGGUCUCCCAUCCUUCAUCGGGAAGAAUAAAUCUGAGAUUUUCUCUUUUAUCCUGGAUAAGAUCCGCCAUCGCAUUGGUGGUUGGCACACGCGGCUUCUUUCAAAGGCGGGCAAAGAGAUACUGUUGAAGACUGUUGCUCAAGCCAUGCCCCAGUACGCCAUGAGUGUGUUCGCCUUACCCAUCAGCACUUGUCAAAGAAUUGAGGGCCUCAUGAACAAGUUUUGGUGGCAAAGUGAUGGUAAAAACUCCUCGGGUAUCCAUUGGCUAUCAUGGAAGCGGAUGACGAAACCCAAAAAAUUUGGAGGCCUCGGCUUCAAAGACAUUCAUGCAUUUAAUUUAGCAAUGCUUGGCAAGCAAGGUUGGAGAUUGCUAACUAAGCCUCACUCACUUCUCUCUAAGGUCUUCAAGGCUAGGUACUAUCCUAAGAGCUCCUUCUUGGAGGCCUCCACUGGGCCUAAUCCUAGUUUCGUCUGGAGAAGUAUCUUGGUGGCACAACCAUUGAUCAAGGAUGUCAUUCGCCGUAGAGUCGGAAACGGUGAAGGUACUCUUAUUUGGGCUGACCCGUGGCUUUGGGACUCUUCAAAUCCGAGGGUUCCUACACUUAAACCUAGUUUCUGCCCGGACUUUCCGGUGAGGCUGUUGCUUAAUGAUAGCAGGGCUUCGUGGAAUGAGUUGACAGUGAGAGCUUGGUUCAAUCCAGCCGAUUGUGACCGCAUACUUAUGGUGCCCAUCUCUCCCUCUUUACAGGAUGAUUGGUAUUGGCCGUUGGAGGCGUCUGGAUGCUACUCGGUUAAGUCGGCUUAUCGGAAGUUGGCGGGGGAAGCUACUAAUGCCACGGGGUUUACGCACUGGUGCAUGCUGUGGAAAUUGAAGGUCCCCCCCAAGGUUAAUGUUUGUAUGUGGAGGGCCUUGAGAGGCAUUUUACCACUUUGUGAAAUCUUGACGAAGAAGGGUGUGGAGCUUGAUAAUAUUUGCCCGACUUGUGGUGCUGAAGGAGAGUCCCUUGAGCACGUCUUUAUGGCUUGUCCUAUGGCUGUUGCGGUCUGGAGCUAUCGAAGAUUACUGUGGCGGCGCACGGCUGUUUUGUCUCUUGGGCAGAGGCGUUGUUCUCCAACUCCCAGGGCAGCCCUAUUGUGCUGUUUGUGGCAGGUACUUGGGCAAUAUGGAAGGCUAGAAAUGUAGCUUUAUGGGAGAAGAAGGUAGUCAGGCCGCUUGUCGUGGCGGAGUGGGCAACAGCGGCGCUACUAACCACUGCGGCAGACCCGCCCCUUGCGUCGUCCUCGCAUCAGGUGGCAGCGUGGGGGGGUUUCAAAUGUAUGGUGGAUGCCGCUCUUCACGUGCGCUCACAUUCGGUUGGCGUGGCAGCGGUCUUGUUGAGGGAGGAUGGGUCCUUUGGGGGUGCCUUUAGUAGAAUUGUUUGUUGUCCUUUUGAGGCUAGAGUAGGGGAGGCUUUCGCAAUCAAGGAAGCAUUGUCUU